GACAGUAUUAAAAACUUUGAAAAUAACGAGUCAGUUAGCCAAGACUCAGACCCGUUAAACGUUCGAAAAUUUUAUGCCCGUCAGUGAGUUGACUUUAUCGUAACCUCCCGCGAUGCUGCGACGAAAAAGCUAAAUAAAUAUGAAAGAAAGUCAGUGAAAGCUUUCGCACGAUUUUGGUGAAAGCGAUUACUUUCAUGAUUCACAAUACGAGUAUAUUUAGGAUUAAUAACUAUUAAUUCGCUGUUGUUCGAACUUCCGAUUUAUGUACAAUAGAAGUUCGACGAAAAUUAACUUACAACCAUGUAAACCUAUAAUUUGAUCGCCAAAGGUCAGUUAUAACAGAGAAUAAUGUGCACUGAUAUGAGAUAGACGAAUUUACGCCACUACGAAAGUAUUGAAAAGGAUUUAGCGAGAACGUUCAUGGUUUUCUUCGCCAAAUCUGCUCGAAAAUAUAGCAAACGUUGUGUUCACUGUAUCAAUCAUUUGUCUCAUGUACGAAGGUGCCGGACCAGUGAAAUAAUGGCUGUGUCAAUAAACGAAAUUUGCGAGAACACGAAGCUUGCGCGUGAAAUGGCAUUGAUGGGAAACUACGACACGUCUGGCGUUUACUAUCAAGGUGUAGUACAACAGAUUCACAGGCUACUCGCAACUAUAGAAGAUCCAACUCGUAAGGCAAAGUGGCAAGUUGUACAGCAUCAGAUUGCUGAAGAAUUUGAAAAAGUAAAAGCCACAUCAAAUACAUUACAACUUUUCAAAGUGGAUACACAUGCAGAAAGACUAGUUGGAACUUCUUGUUUAUCAUUUGAGGAACCAACACGAGAUCCUGCUUUGUGGUCUUAUACUAAUUCAGAUGCUUGGAAUCAAACACCAAGUAGAGAUCCAGAUGUGUGGCCUCCUUUAACUCCAGCUGAACAAAAAAACUCAAAGCAACAAAAAGUUCAACAAAAACAACAAAAUCGAUCUAAUGCUAGAAAAUCUCUGACUACAGCUAGAAAGUCUGACAGCAAGAUUGUUAACAAGAGAGACGAUAAGAAGACCACAAAGAAAGAUGAUACAAACAAGGACAAAACAGAAACGGAAAAAGUUGAUGUUGAACUGGAGGAACGUAAAUUUGAACCAUCUGCUAAUGAUAAAGAUCUUGUGGAAAUAUUAGAAAGAGACAUCGUUCAAAAAAAUCCAAAUAUUCACUGGGAUGAUAUAGCAGAUUUGCACGAAGCAAAGAGAUUGUUGGAGGAAGCGGUCGUGCUCCCGAUGUGGAUGCCAGAUUUUUUUAAGGGAAUCAGACGACCUUGGAAAGGUGUGCUUAUGGUCGGACCGCCAGGCACAGGCAAAACCAUGCUCGCAAAAGCCGUUGCGACAGAAUGCGGCACAACAUUCUUCAACGUUUCGUCCUCUACAUUGACGUCAAAAUAUAGGGGCGAAUCGGAGAAACUCGUCCGACUGUUAUUCGAAAUGGCCAGAUUUUACGCACCCAGUACAAUCUUCAUUGAUGAAAUUGAUUCUCUAUGCUCCAGAAGAGGAUCUGAAUCGGAACACGAAGCUUCACGACGCGUAAAAUCCGAGCUUCUUGUUCAGAUGGACGGAAUAAGCUCCAAUAGUGAAGAUCCUAGCAAAGUAGUGAUGGUAUUAGCAGCGACAAAUUUCCCAUGGGAUAUUGAUGAGGCAUUGAGAAGACGUCUGGAGAAACGUAUUUACAUUCCACUACCUAAUCAUGAAGGGAGAGAGGCAUUAUUGAGGAUAAAUCUUCGCGAGGUUAAAGUGGAUUUGUCUGUAAACUUGACAGACAUUGCCAGAAAACUAGAAGGUUACUCUGGUGCAGAUAUUACGAACGUUUGCAGGGAUGCCUCUAUGAUGUUAAUGCGAAAAAAAAUUGCUGGUCUCAGACCAGACCAGAUCAGGCAAUUGCCGAAAGAGGAAUUGGAUUUGCCUGUGUCUGCUGCGGAUUUCGACGAAGCCGUCGAGAGAUGUAACAAAAGCGUUUCCCAAGAAGACUUGGAAAAAUACGAGAAGUGGAUGAGCGAAUUCGGCUCGUCUUGAUAUCAUUCUAUCAAAAAAUAACAACUCAUCAUACUGACAGCACACUCGUUGCUCCUAUGACAUUAAUGUAAUGCUAUUGUCUCCAUCGUAUGUACGAAGUAAGGAGCUUAUUUAAUCUUUCGCAUAUCCUAAAAGCAACUUCUACAGUUUAAUAAACCCGGAUUUUAAAAUAAUCAAAUUGAAAAAUAAGACUUUUGUAUGGUAGAAAUAAUGUGAGGUAAACUCAGAUAAUUUCUAAUCACUAAAGGCUAACUUGCAGUAACAAAUUUAUCGUAAUUAAUGAAAUUCGUAGCUGAUUAUGUACUCCACUGACCAAGUAUAAAUCUACAACAUUCGAAAUGUCUAAGUAUAUCGGUAUUUUAUUGUUUAUACAUACAGAUUAUGUACAUCUCAAUCUUUUUGGAGCACAACCUUCUUUCCGCAACUUUCUCGUUUCCUCGUCUAUGUUUUUAGAAUCCUUUGGUACUUUGUAAUUAGCAACAUGGUCCACUCGUAUCACUCUGUUUAGAAUCUGCAAGAGAAAAACAAAUUUUGACACUGAAAGAUACUUCGAACCAUCAUUGUAAUUUACACGAAAAUUUUAUCACAUGUAUAAAAAUGAAAGAGAGAGACGUAAAUUAUAUUUUUUAUUUAAAGAUACCACAGGAUGAAUUUUUAAAGGAGUGUCGCAAAACUCAUUGGCAUGAUACUCUUGUAAUACCCCUUUAUACUCACCCUGUAUAAUUGUGAUAUACUUAUGUGUGUGAGUCAUUAUUACUUUACUAAAUAUUUAUUUAACAUUGUUAACAAGUAAAAAAUAUAUAUUACUA